AGAAAAUGUAAAAUCAGUCUCGCCGGCAAAAUCAAAUAACCCGGCGGUCUGAGGGAGUGAUGUUUGGGUUGCUUUCGAGGCCGCUGUUGACUCGGGUCCCGGCACGUCGUCUUGCUGCUUCCUUAAGAUUGUGCCAGAUAUCAACAAAGAUGACCUCCGCCAAAUUGGAUCAGGUAGAAGAUGUGGACAUCGACACAGGUCGCUUCAAGUAUAUUUUGAUCAAAGUUCAUGACUCCCCAGAAGGAGGACCCGAGGUCACCAAGCAUAUCGUGAGAGGGUACUGUUCAGCAGGUUUCCAUGCUGAUGUGUAUGACAAGGUUGUGCCUGGAAUUGAAGCCAAGGGACUGGAUUGCGAGUGUGUUGGAGGAGGUCGCAUUCUGCACGAGCCAGACAAUAAAAGCAUUGAAGUUUUUGGCUAUUCUCAAGGUUAUGGAAAGGCAGAUCAUUCAGUAUCUGUUGAACUGCUGAAAAAGAAAUACCCAGACUAUGCCAAAAUUACUUUUUCCAAUGAUGGUUAUUAGUAGGAUAGUUUUCUGGAUUAUUUCUUCAGUGUAUUGAAUAGAUGUUGAAAAAUGUACCUUCAUUUGCCACCAAAUGUUUAAGUAUUGAAAAAUUGUUUUUCAACCAAAAAAUGUACCAGUGAUGGUGAAUAAAUGUUUGAAAUUUUA